AUUAAGCGUUUCUUUUUCGUUCAGUAGUAAAUAUAUACUUGGACAAAGUUUUAAUCUGGUGGAUUUUCGGAAAAGAGCAUUUACAAAUUAUAGAAAAGAACGAACAAAAAAUGGAUCUAUUUGCAAAAGCAGGAAUCAGUAAAGGCAAAUUUACUUUGUGGGAAUACUUUUUCAAAGGUUUGGUUGUGGUUGGUUUCAUAUUUGGAUUCAUUGCCUUGAUAGUUGCGGUUGUAGUUCAAAAUAAGUUGGAAAGCUCUUCGAAUAAUGUGAUAUCAAUACAGCAAACUUCGACUGUUGAAACUGUUCCCUAUUAUCGUCCAGACAACAAUCAGCGAGUAAUCAAAACAUGUAGACACUUGAACACUCAAACCUCACCAUCAGGCGUAUAUACGAUCAAACCAACUGCAACUUCCGUACCUUUUCCGGCUUACUGUGAAAUGAUCGAUGCGGGGGGUGGUUGGACACUUGUUGCUUCGAUUCACGAGAAUAAUAUUUACGGGAAAUGUAAGGUUGGUGAUAAAUGGUCAAGCGAGCAAGGGAUUCAAACUUAUUAUGAUCCAAACAUUCUAGGGAAUUGGGAAAACAAUAAUGUGUUUGGUAGUGUUGGAUCUAUUACGUCUCAAGAUUAUAAAAACCCUGCCUAUAUGGAUAUGCAAGCCUCUGAUGUAAUGAUCUGGCAUGUAGCGAAUGAAACACCUCUGCAGAACAUCAGUAACAAAGCUCGCUUUAAAUAUUACACCGAUUCUCAUUUCUUACGAAGAUAUGGAAACACAUUGAAAUCUAUGUUCAACAACCGUAUUCCUAUCAAAAAACCAAUUACCAGUUUAACUCCCUUAAUGAAAAGAAUAAACGCCACGUCAGUAAAUACAACAUCUCUUUUGACUGGUUGGUAUAAUUACACCUACGACAGAAGGGGUCGAUUUCACUAUCGGAUUCAAGAUGGCGGUCGGGACAUGUACGAUUCUGGAAAUAUGGUUUAUUAUGGGCAAAAUGGCGGUUCAAUGACAAGAAUGACUUACAACAAAGACUAUUUUUCGUUUAGUGAUGAAACAGAAAUUACAAGUUCUGCUACAUACCCGUUUUUAGCACUUGCGUGGAUUGGCAAUACACGAAGGAACCUUAAAACCUUUGAAUUUAAGGUUAUUUCAAAUUAUGGUGCUGACGGCGGAGGAAAUUUUAUUACUUACAACACAACAACAGUUAACUCUCCGUCGGGUUAUACAGCUAAAUACACAGCGUUCCACGUGUAUGGAGCCGGGUCAGACCCAAGCAUUUGUGAAGUUUAUUUCUACAUUGGACACAGAGAGCGCUGGCAUUCACGUUUUCCCACUGCUUUGUUGCGACGAACGUGGGGAACUUCAACAAGUUUUGCAACCAAUACAGUUAGCGUGAUUGGGACUCCAGAGAAUAUUUUAUUUGGAUACACUCUACUAUCCAAAUCUAGAGGUGGUUUUGUAACAGCAGCUGAUAUUGCGAAUGUUCUUAUGGAGUAUAUGAAAAGUACAGUAUAUUUCGAAUAUCGUAAUUCGAACGCGGCAAUUACAACGCCUUUCAGCUUUAUCAAAGGGAAUGCCGCACUUAUGAACGAUACCAUACCUUAUUGGGAGCGAGGUAAUGUUUAUUUUGAUGAAAUGCAGUUUCGAGCGUACAACAGAAAUGGCCUUCCAAGCGUUUUCUGCCCCGGAUUUCGAACCAACUCCACCCGCUGUGAACGGAUAUGCGUAGGUGGAAUAAACACCUACAUAGAAUCUAGAUAUACAUCAUAUUGCGGAGAUUAUGGAGGCUGGGCAUCAUUUUCUGUAAACCAAACCAGUCCGACAAACUCAAGCAAGUCAAUGCAGGAUAUCAAGUCAACUAUAUUAAUAUUUACAAAGUAGAUGCCUCGGUAUUUUAAAAAACUUAAUAAACAAGAUAGUUUUGUAAAUCGAUUUAAAUAAAACAGAUUAGCUAUCUUAAAGUUAAUUCCAUUGCAAAUGAACUUUCCUAUACAGUAUAGCGUUCAUAUUUUUCUCUAACGUUUUAUGUAAAGUUGGAGUUAAGUCUUUACCACUUUAGAUACUAUAUUUGUAAAUAAAUUUAGUAGGUUGUGAACUGUUUCAGUUCAAUGCUUUUA